UUAUUUGGUUUCCUGGCCUAGGCGUACGUAUAAAUACAGCGACAAGUGAUGCAAUUUUCCCCAACCCGCUGCUCCUCAAAUCGCCCUGCAAGCUGCGGGGGAUUUGAGCCAUAAUUCAACACAACAAAACCAAACCCGAUCCUCACAACCAAGCAUGAAGGAAGAAGAUAACGCGGACGCGAUGGCAAUAGACUCGGAAGACAAAACUCAUUCGGCCCCUCCCACGCCCCUUCACGACAAGGGGUUCAAGAAGAAGAAGCGCAGCAGGUCGUUCAGCCUCCUCAAAGCUGCGCUGAACAUUUUCCACGAUAAACCCAGCGAGAAGGAGGAGAAUAAGAAGCCAAAGAAGAAGAGCAACGACUGGAAGAGGGUGGUGGAGUCAAUGCGGCCAUUAACUCUGCAAGACAAAUCUCCCUCGCCUUCGGUUCCGUCCAUGUCGCCGUCGUCUUCCUUCGAGAGUCUGACGUUGGAUGCGGCGGUCCUCGACUCCCCCUCGGUUUCCUCCGUCUCCUCCCUCGGCGGCAUGAGCCAGUACGCCUCCGCACCCAAUCUCCAGGCACUGGACACCGGAUCUGAUGAUCCCGAAGAGGUGUUCGAAGCCGUCGGGGGCGACGAGAUGAUCGAUGCCAAAGCUGAAGAAUUCAUUACUCAAUUCUACAAACAAAUGAAGCUUCAAGAACGUCAGGAAUUUUAAAACACUAUAGUGGUGAAUCAUUAGCCACAGCCUAAAACAUGAAUCAUAACCGGUUUUUGUUUCCAGAUAUACUCUUCAUCUGUUUAGUUUAUCCAGGAGGACGUCAAUUUUCUCCACAAUGAGUUGUUUCUUUGUAGUAGUUUGUAAAACAGAGCUUUAAUGGCGCUGUUCUUCCCAAACUGUACUCAUCAUGUAUGAUUGAUUUGUAGCUGGUUGCUUGAAUUACCACAAUGCAAUACAAUGAAACAAACGAACAAGAUAUAUAUAAUGAAUUGAUAUA